CUCCCAUUCGUCCUCCUACGCAUUCCCCUCUCAAAUUCAAUUACCUCUCGAACGCACCAAUCCUCAAACCAAAAUGGUCAAACCCCUAACCUUCAAAGGCGACAAGCCGAAAUCCAGCAAAAAACGCAAAGCCGAGACCUCAUUAACCAGCACCUCCAAAAAGCCUUCAACAAACGACCCAUCCUCCGCUUCAACCACCAUCGCAGACACCAACCCACUGACCGACCAUCCCGCCAAUGAAGACGAGAACCCAGAAGACCAAUCCUGGGUAUCCGCCGACGCGCCCUCGGACCUCGCAGGCCCGAUCCUCCUAGUGCUGCCCAGCCAACCGCCGACAUGCAUCGCCAGCGACGCGCACGGGAAAGUCUUCGCCUCGGAGCUCGAGAACCUGAUCGAGGGGGACGCCAGCACGGCGGAGCCGCACGACGUGCGGCAGGUGUGGGUAGCGACGAAGGUUGCAGGCGUGGAGGGGUGGAGCUUCAAGGGAGCGCAUGGGCGGUAUCUAUCCAGCGACAAACACGGCAUCCUCAGCGCGACCUCCGCGGCAGUCUCGCACUACGAAACCUUCAACGUCCUGCCCGCCGCCGUGCCGAGCACCUUCUCCAUCCAGACGGGUACCAGCGAGUCCGAAGAAAGCACCUUCAUCAGCGUGGCGGAGACGCCAUCGAAAAGCACCGCGUCCGGCGUCAAGCUGGAGGUCCGCGGCGAUACCGGCACCUUGUCGGCUGAUACCAAUAUCCGGGUGCGCAUGCAGGCGCGCUUCAAGCCUAAGAUCAAGGCUAGUAAGGAGAUCAAGGCGCGCGAGAAGGUGAGCCGCAAGGAGCUGGAGGCUAUCGUUGGGCGGAGGUUGGAGGAGGAUGAGGUGCGGCGGUUGAGGCGCGCGAGGAGGGAGGGCGAUUUUCAUGAGGUGGUGCUGGAUGUCAGGGUCAGGGGGAAGCAUGAUAAGUUUGCUUGA